AUGGGUCAACUCAGGAUACAAAACAGCUUCAUCUAUUUUUGGAUUAUUUGGCAUAUUUAUCACGUGGUCACAGCUCAGACGUACACCAACGUGACGUCCAUCUACAACGACAAAAUCAUCAACAGCGGCUACAACCCGGAAGUCAGGCCGCUGGUUGACCAGUCCAAGACCAUCGUUGUUGACGUCUGGUUUGAGGUGAUCUCCAUUGUGGAGGUCAAUGACGUGGCCCAGAGUUUCACCUGCAACGGGUUCCUGCUGUUCGGAUGGAAGGACGAGCUAAUUGUCUGGGACCCAAAAGACUACGGAGGACAUGAAUUGAUUCACCCACUGCCAGAAAAGAUCUGGAGACCUAUGGUCCUGCUGCUCAAUACAUUGGAUAAACGAGAUCUAUUCGAUGACGACAAGUCGCCCGUGUUUAUCUACAACAAUGGGAGCGCUCUGUGGGCCCCGGGCAGUGUGUUUCCUGUCUCCUGUCAGCUGACCAUGACCAACUACCCGUUCGAUCAACAGGAAUGUGUCGUCUAUAUGACAGCUUUGACAUUAAAUAAAGACGAAAUGCAGUUCAAGAAUACAGUACCUACCAUAGGCACUUCAUUUUACACACUACAUGGUGAAUGGGAUCUGAUAUCAGGAACUAUCAUUACAUCUAACCUAUCGUCAGGGGUCGUUCAGGUCCCAACAUUUCAGCUGAAGUUUAAUCUAAAAAGACGGCCGAUAUUUUUGAUCGUCAACAUUAUACUGCCAGUCGUGUUCUUGUCAUUCCUCAAUAUACUCGUCUUCAUCAUUCCUGUUGAGUCAGGGGAGAAAAUCGGCUACGGUAUCACCGUAUUGCUGGCACUGUCCGUAUUUAUGAGCAUAGUAGGCGGGAUGCUGCCCAGGUCAUCACUGUCCAUGCCCAACGUCACCAUCUACCUCUUCAUCUUGCUCAUUAUCUCCAUGUUGACCGUUAUCGAUAGUAUCGUCAUCGUCUACCUCUCACACAAGGAGGAGGUGAGUAAAUGA